AUGAACUUUCAAUCCGCAGUGAUAUGGCAGGUGGCGGCGGGACAGAACGUCGACCCCGACGAAAUUAGAAGCAACCAUACAGACCCAAUAGCGUCGGUCACAAUGAGGGGAAGAUGGGAUAGAGUAGUUGAGAUCCUGAUGGACAAGCCUGGGAAAGAUCUUGAGGCCAUGGGAUGGGCCCUCACCAAACACAUCAAGCUGGCACUGCCGGCUGAUGUGAGGGACAACAAUGAAGAAGACGGAUGGCUUGGAAAAGAGAUCAGUGUCAAGGACGUUUCGAUUGCGGUUCGUAAGCACAAGAAUGCCACCAUUUCCAGCGGCGGCCACACUCGACCUGUGAAGACGAGUAAGGCCGUUGACCCAGCACCUCGCGCUCACGGUUGA